CGCAACUUCCAGAACCUUGCACGCGCUCCGUACAUUAAAAUCUUAUACGUAUAUUUUUCCAUUAUAAGAACACCUAUUUACGAUGCAACACGCAUUGGAACUAUUACAACCCAUACCGCACUACCUACUUAUAUCAAGUAAGAAUACGAAGCAUGUGAAGUAGGGCCUCUCUCACAUGGAACCAAUUGACCUGCCGUGGCACGCAACAUAUUGCAAUUUGCAAGCAGCCACUAUAAAUAUAGACUAGAACAAGUCAGUCAAAUCAUCAAACACCUUCAGUGCAUAAAAUUAUUCCUCUCAACAAGUUCCAAUCCAUCAAAUACCAAAACUUAUCUUCAAAAUCAAAGAUCUAGUGAUGGGUAUUAUUCGUUUACCGUCAAUUAUUCCCAGUUUGAAGCAAUUUCACAAACUACACUCUGUUGUUACUCGGAAUCAAAUAUCAGAUGUACCAAAAGGACAUUUAGCAGUUUACGUCGGAGAAACAGAGAAGAAACGAUACGUAGUUCCAAUUGCAUACCUGAAUCACAGUUCGUUCCAGGAAUUGCUUCAGAAAGCUGAGGAAGAAUUUGGAUUUCAACAUUCAAUGGGCGGUCUCACAAUACCUUGCAAUGAGGAUGCAUUUUUCCAUGUUACUUCUCGAUUGAACAAUUCCUUGUGAAGAAGCAAUUAUAUUAGUGACAGAUUAUAGUAGAGAUUCAUUAGUGUUUUCCUUUCAUCAUUUUUUUCCCCCUUAGAAAGGGGUAACUGUAUGUACAAAGCCUUGCCAUACAAUCAAAUGGAAUUCCAAAAUUCUCUAAAUAUUAUUCCCUCCCUUUCUCAAA